AUGGACAUUAAGGACUUUCGACCUAACAGUUUAGUAAGUGGAAUGUAUAAGAUUAUUGCAAAGAAUGCUUUUGUCAAAGGGCGACAGAUCUUGGAUUCUAUACUCAUAGCAAAUGAAUGCAUUAAUUCAAGACUACGUCAAAGGGUUCCAGGGAUGCUAUUUUUGGUAAACGACACUCCUGAAAGUCAUUUCUGGGGUAGUAGAGGCUUGCGACAAAGGGGAUCCUUUGUCUCUAAUGGAGAUGUUGAGCACUUUAGAAAUUUGCGUCGUUUGCUUCUGUGCGUCGGAGCCAUAUCUAGAAUGAAGAUAAACUUGGGGAAAUCUAAGGCUAUCAUUGUUGGAGAGGUCGAUAACUUGGAGGGGUUGGCUACUACAUUGGGCUGUAGGGUUGAGCAGUUGCCUAUGACAUAUCUUGGCCUCCCACUAGGAGCAAGGUUCACAGGUAUACACAUUUGGGACAGUAUUGUGAAAAGGGUGGAGAGGAGGUUGGUAGGUUGGAAGCGUUUGUACCUCUCAAAGGGAGGUCGUCUUAGUCCUAUCAA